AUGGAGCAUAUUGGUCCUCAAGACAGGAAUACUCCUCGCCUGAAACUACCCCUUCCACUGCCAUCCGCUCGGCAGAUAUUGAUGCCGUUUGAUCUUCGAGAACAUCCUUCGGAAUUCUUCGAACCUAAUAAUACCAAGCUCCUUUUCAAACUCUUUCCAGGGACCCAGGCAAUCGAGUCCGACAAUCGAGUGUUAGUUUAUCGUUUUGAUGAGCUACCGCCUAAGCCAUGGCCCCAGCAGAUUGCGCGUGUCCCUUGCUAUUUCACAGACAGCCCUAACGAUCAGGGCCCUAUCAUCCCUCUUCGUCACCGCAGUCGUUCGAGCAUCGCCCUCUCUCCAACAAUGGAUUUGAGAGACAACGAAGCAGCCGCCGAUUUGAUUCUCGAACUGACACGUGAUUUCUUCACGAAAGCAAACGUUCCCGCCACCGAAAUACAAUUCUGGGGCCAUAUUGUGAUCAUUGUGCUUGAAACAGAACCACAAAAUGUGGAAAUCCUACAUGAAGUUCCCAAAUCGAUCGCACACUGUCAGUGCUUUUACCUCUUUGAAUCGGAAAUGGAGAGACCGACCAAACACUCAGCCCAGCGGCCGAAGCAAGUUCUCUCAGCUGACAUUGAUGACACGCAGUACAAGACCCUCAGACCAGGAGUGGUUUUGAGUUCGGCAAGAAACUCCCAAGGAGAAGAGUUCCAUACUUCGUCGGUCAUUCUCAUCCAAGAUAAUAGUGGGUAUAGGUAUAUGACAGCUGCCUCGCAUGGAUUCCUUGAAAGUGGCAUGGUCUAUCAUCCCGUUGCCUCUGGUUUGGAAAUCGGAGAAACCAUGAUCGAACUGACGCACAGCGACAUCGCACUCACCAAGCUCCACGACGGUGUACAGUUUGUCAAUGAACCUUUUGAGAAUACCGCCGCCGCGCGUAACCCAUUCACACUCGGUAACUUCAUUCGUGCUGGCGAGACUAAAAUAGGCGAUAUAAUUUACCUUGACAGUCCAUUCUCUGGCUUCAUGGGAGGGACACGCCUAGCUCACGCGACUGUCCGUAUCCCUUCGGAUGAUCCAAAUGAACCAAAACAGAUCUGGAUCCGAUGUCAUCUGGUGUACCUUGGCCAAGACUCUAGUCACGACAUAGUCGAUGGAGUGCGUGGCUCAGCGAUCUGGAAUGAGGAUCACAGAGUUGUGGGAUUCUUCCGUUACGCCCAUACAACAGGGGUUUUUAGGGAUCAUUGCUACAUCGUCGCCGCUGACUAUCUUCUGAAUAAGGGAUACACCGUGGUCUAG